AUGGGCUGUGAUGUCACCAGAGGUCCCGACGGUGAGCACCACUGGUCCAAGCACUACCCAUUCUGUGGCGGAACAUUCCAGUCACCCAUAGACAUCCAGACCCAGCUGCUGAGGUUUGACCCCACACUACGACCAAUCGAGCUCCAGAACUACAACCUCUCAGCCAAUGAGCAGCUGACCCUCGGGAACAAUGGACACUCCAUUCAGCUGUCCCUACCCAGGAGGAUGUAUCUGUCCAGCCUGCCUCACCGUUACACUGCUGCUCAACUCCACUUCCACUGGGGCUCAGAACACCUGCCUGUCGGAUCAGAACACACCGUCAACGGCAGGCAGUUUGCUGCCGAGAUGCAUAUGGUGCUCUUCAACUCAGACAAGUACCCCAACAUCUCUGUGGCAGCAGACAAGUCAGACGGCCUGGCUGUACUGGGAGUUCUGAUAGAGGUCGGGGAAUUCAACCCAGCGUUCGCUCAGUUCCUCAAGUACAUCAAUGGUAUUAAAUACAGAGAUCAGAGGGUGCAGGUCCCAGCCUUCAACAUCCGCAGUCUGCUGCCUGUACUCUUGGAUGAAUAUUACCGUUAUGAUGGCUCGUUGACCACUCCCCCCUGCUAUCCCAGCGUGCUUUGGACUGUGUUCAAAAACCCUGUCACCAUCUCACUCAAACAGUUUCUGGCCCUAGCAACGGCCAUCUACUCCUCCCACCAACAGGAGUCGGCCCCAGUGGCCAUGAACAGCAACUACAGGAAACCACAGUACACGGACAACAGAGUUGUGCUCUGCUCUUUCCAGGGGGGCAGAGGACUACAGGGUGCUACUCAGACGGUCACCUCUCCGUUCCUGAGGAGGCAGGUCAUCAACCAGCUCUUAGAUGGAGACCUGGCAGACCUGGCAGACCAGGAUGGGCUCAACCAGCUGUUAGAUGGAGAUCUGGCAGACCAGGAUGGGCUCAACCAGCUAUUAGUCCCAUCUUCCUGGAAGAACCAACAGAACAGGCAACCUGUGUGGAAGUCAGGUCUGAGCGAGGACAUGCUGUGUUACGUCUCCUUGGAGCAGGACGUGUCUCGCCAGCUGAGCAGAGGGAGAUCCCCUACCCAUACAGACACCCAGCUGGUCCAGGCUCUCAGAGAAACUCUGUUCCCAGAGCUCAACCUGCGCAGCUACCUGGGCUGUAAGUCUGACCUGGCUCUGUUCACCAUCAGACAGCUCCUCCGGGGGAGAUCAGCCACAGAUGAGGCCCUGGAGCUGGACCAGGCCAUUGUCAAGGCCUUGGGGGGGACAGGGCAGAGGGGCUCCACAGCACAGCAGCAGACCAACACUCUCUCCAAGCACCAAACAGGCUUCGCUCCUGCCCCUGCUGCCGUGCCUAAGAAACCCAAUCAGCCAAUCCCAUGGCUCCAGCCUAUGGAGUGGGAGGACUAG